AUCAUUGGAUGUGAAAUGAUUUCAUUGAGACUUGGCAGGCUGCUCGCUCUGAUUGAUUUUCCUCACCCUGCUGGAGUUCAUCCCCUCGUCUCCUGUCCCAUCACAGCGUCUGAGGGCUGUUUCCCCUCCGCAUUGCGCGUGCAGUCGGUGAUGACGGACCCUGAGCUCAGCCUGUACCAGCCCCCCGCUGUGACACGAGGGAUGACUGUCUUGGAUCGUGACGCUUUCACACAGACGGUCGUGGUUCCUGCGAUACGGAUCCCCACCCGCAUCCUCAACCGACUCGUCAAGAGUCUGAAGAAGGUAGCGCUGCAGAGGCCGGGUCUCAAACGUGUUGUAGACGAUGACGAGGGGAAGGAGACAGACGGCGAGCACCGGCUGCUACUGUUGGAUCCUCAAAGAAUCAAAUCGGCCGAAUCAUUUAGCCAGGAGGAGUCAGCAGCACUAAAGGCAUUGGGGGUGGAGCCUGAGAUCCGACAUUACCCGCUCAAGCUGACGUACGAGAACCUGAAGAGCGAGGAGGUGCUACGCGCAGUGCUUCCUGAAGGGCUUGACGUAACUUCAGGGUUCAGCCGAGUUGGCCACAUCGCUCACAUGAAUCUCAGAGACCACCAGUUGGCGUACAAAAAUCUGAUAGGUCAGGUAAUCAUGGACAAGAACCCGGGCGUUACCUCUGUAGUGAACAAAACCAACACCAUCGACUCGACUUACAGAAACUUUCAGAUGGAGGUUUUAGCUGGAGAAAACGACAUGGUGGCAAAGGUGUGUGAAGAGAACGGCGUGUCGUACGAGUUUGAUUUCUCACGCGUGUACUGGAACCCUCGACUCAGCACGGAGCAUGAGCGCGUGGUGUCGAUGCUUCGCCGAGGUGACGUGGUGUUUGAUGUCUUCGCCGGAGUCGGACCAUUUGCCGUGUUAGCAGCGCGUCGUGGCUGCUCCGUCUUUGCCAACGACCUCAAUCCCGAGUCCUACAAGUGGCUUAAGCACAACGCAAAGCUCAACAAGGUCGACUCCAAGGUCACAACCUUUAACCUCGAUGGCCGGGAGUUCAUCCAAGGUCCGAUGCGAGAGCGUCUCCCUGACCUGAUCAAGAGCUCGGGUUCUUCAUCCGCUAUCCACGUGAUCAUGAACCUGCCAGCAUUAGCUCUCGACUUCCUGGACGCCUUCAGGGGCUUGCUGAGGGGAGGUGAGGGUGACCCGAAUCCUGACGAUCACGUCCUGCCAAGGCUGCACGUUUAUGGCUUCUCCAAAGAGGACGAGCCCGAGAGGGACGUUCUGGAACGAGCUGAACUCAAGUUAGGGACCUCGCUAAAGGGAAGGAGUGAAGUGCACAUGGUUAGAAACGUGGCGCCCAACAAGGAAAUGAUGUGUGUGAGCUUCAGCAUGCCGAAAGAUGUCCUGUAUGGAGAAGACCGGGUGGAGGAGGGAUGCUCAGAAGAACCGUCUCCGAAGAGGCCAAAAUACGAGACAUGAUAAUAAACUCAUCCAUAUGGACAAUCAGAAUCAUUCUUUGUUACGAUUUUGUUUUAUUAAAGAAGAGAUUUAUUCUCUCAUAAUGAUUGAGUUAUAAUGUUUAAUUUUUUUUUUUUAAAUCUGUAAAUAAACAAGUUACCACUGUU